AUGUCUGUGAAGGUGCGGCCCAUUCCGGUUCCCGACCUGCCCACAUGGGAUGCGGCAAAUCUCCGGGACACCCGCUCACUGUUGCUUUGGUUUGUUGGCUUUUAUUAUUAUUAUUUUUUUUCCUCCUCCUUUCGCCUGGUCACAGUCUGUUCUUUUUUGUUCCUGCCCACCCAGCCCGUUCUUUUUUACGCUGGUAGGUUGGGAUGA